GCUUUGCCUCGGGAAGCUAAUAAAUCGGAUCGUCGAUGCUACGCACCAAAUUACUAUGACACUUGUUUCCCACGUCGUGUUAGUAUGUUGUUUUCGGCGAUGAUAACCCCCCCAGCCGGGCAAUGACGUAUACGUCAUAAGAGCCGCGAUGGAUCGCGGCUUUGCUCAACACCGUUGCGGUGCGUUGCGCAAUGACCUCGGCCGCGCGUACUGUCGCUUUGCUGCUUUUGUUAUAUAAUUCAAAAAAGUACGAUUUCUUGAGACUUUUCUUUUAUCGCUUUUCGUUUGCCUUGUUCAGUGUUGUAAGUUCAGUUGGACGGUCCGCGAGCGUGAAGAACAAGCAGCGAAAGCAGGCAUCGGAUUCGACGUCUAGAUUCUAGAGCCCGCCGCGAUCAUCACCACCGCCAUCACCACCAACCACGAUGAAGCCUUCCUUCUUCUCUUGCUCCCCCUCCUCCUCCUCCUCCACAACCACCGCCGCACUCUUCGCCGCCACCGGCAUCGCGGCCACGGCGGCCCUGCAGUUCCAAAACACGCCGCUGUACUCGUCCUACUCGUUCAACGCGCUCGAGCACCUCGCCGGCAACUCGCCCUACUUUGAGCCCGUCGACACCCCCGGGCGGCAGCCCGACCCGCCGCGCGGCUGCUCCGUGACGCGGGCGGCGUACCUGGUGCGGCACGCGGCCAUCAACGCAAACGACUUUGACUACGAGCAGUACCUGGGGCCGUUCCUGCGCAAGCUGGGCAACAGCAGCAGCAGCGGCGACAGCAGGGCCGGAUGGGCCGCCGCGUCGCCGUCGCUGGCCUUCCUCGCCUCGUGGGAGCCCCCCUCCUUCUCCGAGCAGGAGAAGCUCACGCGCACCGGCAAGGUCGAGGCCGCGCAGCUCGGGCUCUCGCUGUCGUACCGCUACCCGGGCCUGCGGCUGCCGCGGCGCGUGUGGACGUCGACGGCGGAGCGUACAGUCGAGAGCGCCAAGGGCCUCGCGCGCGGGCUCGAGGUCGACGACGGCUCCAUCGGCGUGGUCGAGGUGUACGAGGGCAAGGAGUCCGGCGCGGAUAGCCUCACCCCGUACAAGAGCUGCAAGGGGUACGCCUCGGACGCGGGCUCCGACAAGCAGCGCGCCUACGUCGAGGCGUACACCAAGCCCAUCGUCGACCGCCUCAACCAGGACGUCGCGCGGGCGUCGGGACCCGCCAAGCUCGACUUCAACUUCACGACCGAAGACGUCGUGGCCAUGCAGGCGCUCUGCGGCUACGAGACCGUCAUCCGCGGGUCCUCGCCCUUUUGCUCGACGGACCUCUUCGACCCGGACGAGUGGCUGCAGUACGAGUACGGCCAGGACAUCCAGUACCACUACAACGUCGGCUACGGGAGCCGCGUCGCCGGCGCCAUCGGCUUCCCCUGGCUCAACGCCACGCUCGGCCUCCUCUCCUCGGACGCGGACGUCCAGCAGGACAUGUACGUGUCGUUUACGCACCGCGAGUUGCCGCCCGCCGUGCUCGUCGCCAUGGGCCUCUUCAACAACAGCCGCUUCUCGGGCGCCGACGACGUCAACGCCACCAUGCCGCUGGACCAGGUCAACCACGGCCGCGCUUGGGUGUCGAGCCGCAUCCUGCCGUUUCUGGCCAACAUUGCCAUUGAGCGCAUGAACUGCUCCUCCCCUUCUUCUUCUUCUCCCUCUUCCUCCUCAUCCGCACGCAACGACUCGUCGUCGACGACCUUUUACCGCGUCUUGGUGAACCGCGCCCCCCAGGUGCUGCCGGGCUGCCUCGACGGGCCCGGCCAGAGCUGCUCGGCCGACGGCCUGCGGGACUUUGUGCGCCAGCGCGAGGCUCUCUUCGGGGGCUUCUCUGACAUCUGCGGCAACACGUACAAGAACUCGACCGACUUGGUCACGUUUUACACCGACGCGUCGAAAAAUGGGACGACGGGGGAUAAGUAGACCGUGUGUCCGUGGGUGAUUUGCUUCGGGCUACGGCGCACGCUUGGAGCGUGCUCAUUGAACAAUAAUGUCUAUACUUGGAUGAAGAUUUCGUAGACAUAUAUCGGGCUGGAACAGCGUAGCUACUUUGAGUUUAUAGACAGUCAUGAUGGAAUAGAGGCACGCCUCGGGAUCAAUCGCAGAGGCUGUCUGUGGCUUCAUAUGCCC